AUGUUCAAGCACCGCCAUGACAUUCACGAUUGGAUCCUCGACGAGUGUAAACGCUGCGACGGUCGUCCAUGGGUCCUAACUGCACUUGGUCGUCCGACGAGCAUCGUUUUCUCCAACGUCGAGGCAUUCGAGGACGUCCUUCAUCGCAAGUUCGACAAGUUCGGCAAGUGCAGCGCUUGGCUAGUAAGCGAUGUGUUUGGCGACGGCAUCUUCGCAGCCGACGGGGUGUCGUGGAUUCAUCAACGCAAGACAGCGUGCCACCUCUUCUCUCUGCAUAUGAUGCGAGAAAGUAUGGAGCAAAUCGUACGAGAGCAGGCUGCAGUACUGUGUGAAACACUGGAAGCACAUUCCACUGCCAACAACCCUGCCAACCUCAAGUAUACCAUGGAUUGGUACGCGACCAAUGUCUUCACACGUGUGGGCUUUGGUGUCGAUCUGCAGUCACUGUCGAGUCAGGAACACGACGAGUUCUUCCGUGCCUUCACUCGCCUCCCCAUUGCUGUUCAUCGCCGUAUUCAACAGCCAGGAUGGCUGUGGAGAAUCAAGCGAGCGUUCAAUCUGGGCUACGAAAAGCAGCUAAAACUCGACAUGAAGCGCGUCGACAGCGUCAUCUACCAGGUCAUCUCGCAGUCCAUGGAGUCCAAGACCGAUGUCAAUACGCCACAGCGUCUUCCUGACUUGAUCUCCCUUUUCUUAGCUAAAGAAACCAACGAGUAUCUAGACCAACAAGACGGUUCUACCACUCACCGGGUCAAGACUUCGCCCAAGUUGAUUCGAGACAUGGCGUUCAAUUUCACUGCCGCAGGUCGAGGAACUACGUCACAGAGCUUGCAAUGGUUCUUCAUCAUGAUGAACCGGUAUCCUCACGUUGCAGCCAAGAUCCGCGAAGAAUUACUGAGCAAGCUGCCACGACUUUUCCACAAGGACAGCGCGCCUCCAACCAUGAACGACGUACAGCAGCUUACCUACUUGGAAGCAGCUAUCAAGGAAAGUCUGCGUCUGAAUCCCGUCGCUCCACUCAUUGGCCGCACUGCAACGCAAGAUGUUUACUUCAGUGACGGCACGUUCGUCCCAUCUGGUACUCGCGUGGUCAUUCCAACAUUCGCCGUCGCUCGGCUGCAGUCCAUCUGGGUUCUUGGUGUUCCUGGCGGGCCCGAGGUCUUGUCUUGGAGCCAAGUUGGCCAUGCUGGAGCUCAAGGUUGCUCUAGCAACGGUGCUGAGUAA